UGUGGCAACCUUCCCUUGUGAUCAUUAUCACUCGUCUACGAUGCUGCUCUCAGUGCCCAACGAAAUCCUGAACAGGGUUGCCCUUGAAGCAGAUAGUCAAACUCGUCGGCACCUUCGAAGUACAUGCCAGCUACUCCGCGAUGUCGCCACACCUCUCGUCUUUGAAUCAGUCAACAUCGAUCUAUCUUCGAUGCUACACUCUAGCUCAGCCCCCAUCUUUCUUAAAUCACUUAAUUCGGGUCCUAAAUUGGCGCAACACAUCAUUCGUCUUUCCCUCUAUCUGCCCACAAAGUUCCGGCUUCACCCCUCUUGGUUCGCACUGAGAGAGAGCACACUGCAUUCUUUGGAUGUCCUCUUCCUUCAUGCUAUUCCAUCGAUGGUUUCAUUGAAAUCGUUAUGUUGGAGGAGUAGCGGGGAGUCGGGACCGAACUAUGCUGAGCUGGUGUUUGAACUAUUCGGAAAUCUACCCCUCUUGUCCAGCCUGCAGAUAUACAAUGACGGCCACUGGGACAUUCCUUUGUCUCCAUUUCGUCACAUUCGACAUAUCAGCUAUCGGGGCCAAAGAAGCAGCGAGCUCAUUACUUUCCUCGGCUACAAUCCAGACAUAGAAAGUAUAGAUGCUCACGUCUGGUGUUCGGGUCCCGACGUAGAUGAAAGAGGAUCAAUUUCAUUGUUGUUUAGCUCUUUGCCUACGGGAACGUACAGUACGGUGAAGACACUGUCGAUAGGCGGUGAAAUGUUCUCCGAGUUAUACGCAUGUGAAAUCCCCAAACUCAUAUCCCAUUUGCGUCACCUGGAGAGCCUAACCAUGCAUAUUACCAUACCCGAUGUAUUUUGGGACGGAUUACAGGAGCAUGGAAUAUGCUUGGUGUCUCUCACAUAUUACGAUCCCAGUCUGGCGUUACUGUCGUAUCUCUCGUCCUAUACAGGGCUUCGUGAACUGUCACUUAACAUGUUGUCAGCCUCGAUCGAUGGCAAUCUCCAUAUCUCAUCCCUUCUUCCGACUGUCAUCACUUCAAAUUCUUCGUCCUUGACGACAGUUCACAUUGAGCCCCACCAUGGCGGAGCAUGGUGCUUGGACCAUCCUAUGCUAGAUGCUUUGGUUCUUUGCCGCGGUCUGAAGUCAUUACAUGUCUGCGCUGACGAAACGAGAGUUCGAGUAGAAGAAAACAAUGUUAUUGAUAGAAUAUUACAAGCUUCCAUGACAUCCUGGCCGAAUCUCUGGGAUCUUCAAAUAAGAGUGGUGCCUCUUGCCGAUGAAGCAGUGAAAAUGGCCACAAGUCAAAUCCAUAGGCGCAUUUUAGCCUUGCGUUUCGCGCCACUACCACCGGAAAGGUCUAGGCUGCAGAUAUCAACAGAGUUUGCGGCAUAUGCGGUAAAAAUCCACGAUCGAAAAAACAAUAUUUAUGCGUUUGAGAUGCAGGAUUUGGACUAUCAUGGGGACAAGGAAUCGUAG